AUGAACGACUACAAGCGCGCCGGCACCAUCGUCCGCCUGCACGACCGCGACGAUGCCGAGCAGUGGAAAGGGAUCAAGCGUUACUUCUACCUCUUCGCACCCGUCCUGAUUUUCAUGGACGUGGUCCUGUACCUGCUGUAUCUCGGAUUCCGAUUAUAUUGUAACAUCGACGUGCAGCGAACGACGAAAAUCAAUGCCGGCGCCGCGUGGAUCUUCUUCGGUGUCGAAUUCCUCAUCACCAUCCCCUACCUGAUGAACAACGGCUGGGCAAUGUUCGCGCUCAAGACCCGUAACCGCCCCCGUCUUCGGUUGAUGGGCAGCCACGACCUCCCGACCGUCGAUGUUUUCGUCACGUGCUGCAAGGAGGACAAUGAUGUUAUUAUGGACACAGCCAGAGCCAGCUGCGAUCAAGACUACCCGCAAGACCGAUUCCGAGUCAUCAUUUUGGACGACGGCAAAUCCCAAGAGCUCGAGCAGAUGGCCGAAGAGGCCAGCCACAUGUGGCCCAACCUGAUCUACAUGUCCCGCGAGAAGAUCCCCGGCAAGCCCCAUCACUUCAAAGCUGGGAACCUGAAUUUCGGUCUGGAGCAGAUCACUCUCCUUCCCGGUGGCUCGGCCGAGUUCGUAGCCGCCCUGGACGCAGAUAUGAUUCCCGAGCCUCACUGGCUGCGUGCAUGCCUUCCUCACUUGCUUACCGACCGCAAGGUCGCCAUGGCUUGCCCACCGCAAUUGUUUUACAAUACGCCCCGUUCUGAUCCCAUCGGCCAAUCUCUCGAUUUCUUCGUCCACGUAACUGAGCCGAUCAAGGACACCCUCAACGCUGCCUGGUGUACUGGUUCCGGCUACAUCUGCCGCCGCUCUGCUCUUGACGACAUAGGAGGCAUCCCCGUCGGUGGUAUCGCCGAAGAUGUCGCCACGUCUAACUUGUUCAUCGGAAAGGGAUGGACCACCGCCUAUGUCCACGAGCCCCUCCAAUUCGGUACCGUCCCUGAGGAUUUCUCGUCCCAUUUGAAGCAGCGUUCCAGAUGGUGUAUUGGUACGGUCGAGAACGCUAUGAACAUGAACUUCUACCUCUACGGCGCUAAGAUCAAGCACAUGACGACCCUCGCCCGGCUGUCUUCCUUCCUCAUCGGUAUCCUCUCCUUCUACCCCAUCCUCUUCACCAUUUCGCUCUUCUCGAUCCCCGUUAUUCUGAUCCUCGGCCGUCCCCUCGUCAUCUUCACUAGCGAGAACCAGUUCCGCUGGCUCAUCCGCUCCGCGUUCGCGACCGUCAUCUCUCGCCGUAUUAUGGAGUUCUUCCUCUACAUCCCCGCCGGUUACCACACCGGCCAACGCUACGCCCGCUACCAGAUCUGGAUGGCGCCCUAUCUCUGCAUCUCUCUCGUGCGCGCCUUCUUCCUUCCCAAGUGGCUCGGUGGAACUUCAGGAGGAACCUUCAAGCCCACCGGUUCUCUCGGUUCCGCCCUCAACGAACGUGAUGAGGAUCAAAGAAAGGGCCUGUUCGUCCGCAUGUGGGCAAUCCUCAUCCAGUGCCAAGCCGUCUUCCACCUCAUGUUCGUCUGGUUCUGCAUCACGGGCGCGACCAUUGUCACCUACAAGUGCUUCAUCAUCGAGCUCGACACCUACCACAUCCUGCAAUGCAUGAUCACCCACGCCUGGUGGCCACCCGUCACCUGGAUCUUCCUCUGCUCCUCCAUGUGGACCCCCGUCGCUUAUGCGAUCUCCCCACCCACCGUGCCAGAUCGCGAGGAGCUCCUGAACAGAGACGACAAGACCGGCAUCGCGCACCCGAGAGAGGUGACCAAGAAGACCGCGUUCGGCGCGCAGGCCUUCUUCUUCGAGGCCGAGUACACGAUCACCACCGUCUACACUGCUUUGUGCUUCGCCUCCACCUUCUUCUUUUUCUAA